AUGACGAUACUCGCUCCCGCGACAAAGCCUUUGGCAGAUUCAGCCAGGGCAGACCUCAGCAAACGAUCUAUCCCUCAUAUGGUGCUUAGCACAGGCGAUGCCACAUCGCUGACUGCACCUCCCUCGUUCGACCUCGGCGCCACAUCUAUAGCAUGUGCUCUGGGAAGAUUCAGAGUGCUGGGCAAUGCGAUCGUCACUGGCGGCAUAGGGACUCUUGGUCUCGCAGCUUGCAGUGCACUGCUGGAACAUGGUCUCUCUGGACUUGCCAUCUUCGACGUCAACGCAUCUCAGGAGGACCGCCAGCUCGCACUGUUGAGGAAGCGCUUUCCGCUGUGCAUCAUCACUUGCUUUCAAGUUGACGUUACGAACGAGUCAGCUGUACAAGAGGCAGUCGAUUCCGCUGCGGCGACACUCGGCACGUUAGAUCAUCUUCUCUGCUUCAGUGGUGUUGUUGGCUGCGUCAACACCCUGGACAUGACCGCUGCUCAUUGGCGUCGCAUCUUGGACGUCAACACGACUGGCUCAUUUUUGUGUGCUCAAGCUGUAGCCCGGAAGAUGGUAGACCAGGGCACUGGAGGAUCAAUCAUCUUCACAGCCUCGAUCUCUGCCCACAGAGUUAACUACCCACAACCUCAAGCUGCUUACAAUGUGAGCAAGGCAGCACUCAUCACGAUGAAGAAUUGUCUGGCAGCCGAGUGGGCCCGCUAUGGCAUUAGGUCCAAUUCUGUCAGCCCCGGGUAUAUGGAUACGAUCUUGAACGAAGGACUAGGUAUCGCGGAGGCAAGGGAUAUCUGGGCUGCGAGGAACCCCACAGGCCGUAUGGGUACCCCCGACGAGCUCACAGGUGUAAUCGUCAUGUUGUCGGCUGUAACGAGUUCGUACAUUAACGGUACUGAUAUCGUGGUUGAUGGUGGUGCAAUAGUCUUUUAG